AGAUAACAAAAAGCGAUUGCGAUUCUCGCAAAAAGCAGUCCUCAAAGCUCCAAAACAUUUUUUUGUGGUUCUGUGUGAAAUAUAAGCAUUACAAAGAAGAACGCAAUUAUGUGCCCAUUUACCUACUAACAUUUACACAGACAUUUUCCUUAUCAACGAAGAAAAAGAUGAACAAAUUCUAAACCUGCCACAGUCACCUCUUAGAAACGAUCCUCACAACAUCGUACAAGUUUAAACUAUCAAUAAGUGUUCUACGCCUUUCUGCAAUGUCUAAAACAAGCAUUUACCUUAUCUGCCUGUUUGGGCUACUUUCUUUUGCUUUGUCCAAGUCGAUUUUCGACAGCUCAUCGGAGUCAUCGGAAAGUUCCGGAGACGGAGUUGAGCAAUGGCUAGGCGAGCUACAAUCGAUGUGCUUAAACAAGACGGGUUCCAACGAAACGAUGACCAUGAUCAUAGCGCAGGUUGGCAUGUUGCCAUUUUGUAUGAACUUCCAAGUUGACCUCGAAGCCUUGAGUAAGGAUGUCGACACCCUUACAGCGGAUCUGGCGGUCCGGAAACCAUUUUUCGAAAAAUACUGUCCCCAAGUUCAAAGUGCACUAGGCUGUCUGGAUCCUGUGGUGCAUGAACUUCGCAAGUGCAUGGAUCCCGAAGAGGCUGAACUUGUCGACAUUCUCAUCAACAUGAUUCCGGAGGGACUUAACUUGAUCUGCAAAAACGAUGGAGCGAUCUUGUUCUCUGAAGAAGGAUUCAGCAAAUGCGAAGACAAGGCAAUGGAAUAUAUUGGCGAGUGUUUGGAGCUGAUCUCGAAUACAACGGAAGCAUUGGAUAUUUCCGACUACGACAAGAAGGAGUGUGACGAUCUGGCCGCAACCCGAGGUUGUUUGGCUACCAAGCUGAACGAAUGCGAAGGAUCCAGCUGGAUGGAUAUAAUUGACCUGUUCUACAAGCCCAUAAUCAAGGCUAGCCCCUGCAAAAAGUUCAUUAUCCUGGAAGAGACUAAUUUGAUCGAAACCAAUAUGGUGUAAAUUGUAAGAGCAAAAGUUGCAGCAGCCAUCUUAUAUGAACCUGUGAAAUAUACUUAGACAUUCGGAAAAUUCACUCGUGGUUCGUUACCUUGUAUUGUCGUUAAUUUUGAACAAAGCGCACUGAGCCUAUCAGUUAAGAGUUCAGAUGAAACAGUCAAA